UGUAAAUGUAUAUAAUCCACUUUGUUCAAAGCCAAAUGUAUCUCCUAAAAAAAAAUCCUAUAAAUUUGCCAUAAUAACUAAAAGCUAUUGUGUGUGUAAAUUGUAGUACUAAACUAUGGAUGAUUUCAUACCAAGUGUAAAUAAGGGUUGGGUUUAUAGUGAAUAUGGGAAAUCUUGCCAUGUGUUAAAGCUUGAUUCAAACGUAGGUGUUCCUGAAGUGAGAGAAGACCAAGUUCUAAUCAAAGUGGUUGCUGCUUCUAUUAAUCCAGUUGAUUAUCAAAGGAUGCUUGGCUUUUUCAAAACCAUUGAUUCUCCACCACCAACAGUUGUAGGGUAUGAUGUGGCUGGUGUUGUGGUAAAGGUUAGAAGCCAAGUAAAGAAGUUAAAGGUUGGAGAUGAAGUGUAUGGUGAUAUAAACGAAAUGUCUAUUGACAAACCAAAGAAUUUUGGUACUUUGGCAGAGUACACUGCUGCAGAGGAGAAACUUUUGGCUUUAAAACCAAAGAAUCUGAGUUUUGUUGAAGCUGCAAGUCUUCCAGUAGCUAUUGAAACUGCCUAUGAAGGCCUCAAAAGGGCUGAUUUUUCUGCUGGUAAAUCUAUUCUUAUACUAGGAGGCUCUGGUGGAGUUGGAACACAAAUCAUUCAACUAGCAAAACAUGUUUUCGGGACGUCGAAAGUGGCUGCAACAGCAAGCACAGCCAAGCUUGAGUUGUUGAAAAGGUUGGGAGCUGAUUGGAGUAUUGAUUACACAAAGGAGAAUGUUGAGGAAAUUCAAGAGAAAUUUGAUGUAGUGUAUGAUACAGUUGGACAAGUUGAACAAGGUUUAAAAGUAGUGAAAGAAGGUGGGAAGAUUGUGUCAAUAUCUAAGCCAGCAGUUGGAGCAAUAUUUUAUGGUUUGAGUUCAAGUGGUAUUACUUUGGAGAAAUUGGAACCUUACUUGGAGAAUGGUAAGGUUAAGGCAGUGAUUGAUCCCAAAGGCUUAUUCCCUUUUGCCAAUACUAUGGAGGCUUUUGCUUAUCUUGAGACUUCUAGAGCCACUGGAAAAGUUGUCAUUUAUCCCAUUCCAUGAAUGAUUGGGUCUUUUUUGGCUUUAAAGUCUAUAUUUAGUGUGCUGUUACUCGUUACUGUUUUAUCUGAAUAAAAACAACUAAUGAUCAUGUUGUAAAUUGUAAUUGUGUGUUUUUAAUGGGGUUUUAGUUGUCUAUUGUAUUGUGAUCAAUAAAAGUUUUGUUAUUUGGUGUGAGAAGUUUAUUGUUGAUUGUUUUCUCUGCAUUAUUAAUUAAUUAAUAAAGGAUCCAAGUGUAUGAGAGAGGAGUGUUUUGGUAUCUCUAAAAUACUUUGGAUUGGAAUUGCUAGGAAUACAAGAAGAUUAUAUUUAUUUUGAGAGAAGCUAGAGUCCAUUUUUGAAGUUAUUUUUUAAAAUUGGAAUUAUUUACUUAUUUCUUAAUUUAUAUAUAAUUUUAUUUUAAUAAUAUCAAACACUUUAAAAGUGCUUCGAGAAAGGAUCUUAAGAAUGGUACACCAAUAUUCUAUUAAAUUUGUGUAUUUUUCUAAUUUGUAAUUUUUAUUAUAAGCUUAAUUUUAUCACAUUAAUUAACCUAACCAUUGAUCGGUGUAUCUUAGCAACACAAAUUAAUCCUCCAUUAACAAUAGUAUGUCUUUUUUGAAAACUCAUGAAUUUAUAAAAUAUUAAUUGAUAUAUAUUUAUAUAUAUAU